AUGAUAUCAGGCCCGCAACAAUCUGGACAUAAUAUCGAUGUAUAUUUGGAACUGUAUGAGAAUGGUAUUCAGGCCUAUGAUGGUUUUAAAAAAGAAUUCUUUAAUCUGAAAGCUGUGUUAUUGUGGACUGACAUUGAUUUCCCUGCUUAUAGUAAUUUAGCAGGCUUAAGCACAAAAGGUUACGAAGGUUGUCCGAUUUGUUGCACUAACACAUCGGCUCGUCGCUUGGCAAAUGGACACAAGAUGUGUUAUAUGGGUCACAGACGGUACUUGCCUGCAAAUCAUCCUGAUAGACGGAAGAAGAAAGCAUUGGAUGGUACUGAAGAGGGAGAUAUGGCUCCUUUGCCACUGUCAAGGGAACAAAAUGUCAUGCAUAUUGAAAAAAAUGUGUGUGAGAGUAUUAUUGGUACCUUACUUGAUAUUCCCGGUAAGAACGGUCUAAAUAGUCGUUUAGAUCUCGUUGAAAUGGGUAUACGACAAUCUCUGGCACCUGAAAAGAAAGAUGAACGAUUAUAUUUGCCUCCUGCUUGUUUCACUUUGUCCAAAAAAGAAAAACAAAUAGUUUGCAAAUCACUUGCAAAUAUGAAAGUACCCGAUGGUUACUCGUCUUACAUCAAAAACUUGGUAAAUGAGAUUGGAUUGAAACUAAUGGGUCUGAAAUCACAUGAUUGUCAUGCGUUAAUGCAACAUUUGCUUCCAAUUUCCAUUAGAUCAGUCUUGCCAAAAAAUGUUCAAGAGUGUUUGACACAUGUUUGCAUUUUCUUUAAUAAGUUGUGCGGGAAGGAAUUAGAAUUGGAUAAGUUAGAUGCAUUACAUGAACAUGUAGUCAAAACAUUGUGCCACCUGGAAAAGUUUUUUCCGCCAUCUUUUUUUGACAUCAUGAUACAUUUAAUGGUUCAUCUAGUGAGAGAAGCAAGGAUGUGUGGCCCGGUAUGGGCGAGAUGGAUGUAUCCAUUUGAAAGAAAUAUGAAGGUACUUAAAAGUUAUGUGCGUAACCACUCUCGGCCAGAAGCAUGUAUGGUUGAGUGCUACAUAUCUGAAGAGGUUGUGGAAUUUUGUUCAGAGUACAUAGUUGAGGCAAUAGGAAUUAGCAAACCAAGAACUAAACCAUAUGAGGUUGAUAGAGGAUUAAGGGGGAAAGGGACAAUGGUGACAGUGUCCAAGCUUGAACUAGAUCAAGCUCAAUUAGUCGUGAUGAACAAUAAUGCAGAGGUUCAACCAUAUAUAACGAAUACCAUUAUAGCAAAGUUGAACGAACCGAAUCAUGGAGUAUCUGAUGUGUUGAGUCGUAUUGCCCUUGGACCAACUUUUGCGGUAGCAAAGCAUGAAGCGUACAUUGUAAAGGGUAAACGUUUCCAUACAAAGUCAAGAGAUGAUGCCUGA